AUGUGGAUUCUUCCUAUUCUCGGGGUUAUUGGCUCCAUCGUGGGCUUCUGCUUCCUGACCUUGGCAAUCGCGUCGGGUCUCUACUACCUGUCCGAGCUCGUCGAGGAACACACGGUGCUCGCCAAGCGCCUGUUGACGCAACUGAUUUACAUUAUUGUCGUUCUCCAGCUUCUACUAUGGGCUGUGGACGGGCUCUCGUUCAAGCUGACGCUUCUGUCCAUCUUCUCGCACAUCGUCUACCUUGGCAACAUGCGUCGCUUCCCUUACGUUCAGCUCACUGACCCGCUGUUCCUCACUUCAUGCGGUAGGUUGUCUCUCUGGACCUCUGGCGGCAUGUCGCAUAGGCUGACCCUUCCAUAG